ACGCCCUUGGUCGGGGGGGCCGAUAUGUCUGUUGUUUCUGAAGCACAGACCAUUUUUCACCGAUAAGAACAGCUUGUUGGCCGUUUGUGAGUCAAUCUGUAAAAACCCGAUACGACAAGGGAAGGGAAUUUGUUUUUCCACUAGAAGUUUUCGUAACCUUCACGCAAAUGCAUCGCCAACGACGCUAAAGUGUUCUACGAGUGUAUUGCAACAAGCAUCGGUACCCUCGUCGUGAUUUAAUAUGCACCAGCGACAGAUGGAAGAAACGUGUGCAGCAUACGGUAUGGCGGACGGUAGCAAAUAAUCAAACGAGUGCAAUGGAACCAUGAGACGUCGUGAAUCGUCGUUUUACGGUGCAGGGCGUGCAGCGGGGAACGACUCGAAACGACCAGUCCAACAUCUUUCCCCAGGAGAGGAAAAGAAAAUCCCAUUUUUUGCAUACCACGGCGCGGAAGGGUGCGUAACAUAUUUUGCAAAACAGCAGCAACAACCGUAGUCGCUCAGGCGGUUCCUUACCUUUGGCCGGCAUGCGGAUACAGUACUGGAUCGGCGUGAUAGCGGCUGUCCUGUGUGCCGUGUCUGUGUAUUCCCCGCUCUUCCUCUACCUGGUGCUGUUCGUCCUGUACUCGCUGGUUCUGAUAGCAGUCGCGGUGUUCGGUACCAUUUAUGUGCACUAUAAACUGACUAACCGUGAGUCGGUGCCCUACCCGGAUCAUCAUGGCCAAAGCUUGCAGUCGGAGGUGCUCUACAACGCAACCAGGUCACAACUUUUCACCGAUAGUCCUUCGGGAUCUCCUAAGGGAACGGCGGGUGGGGCUGGAGGCCGUCACGCAGGCAGUCCCAGUGGUGGCGCCGGUAGCGGUGGCACAAACGGUAACAAUGGGGGAGGAGGACAGCUACCAAUAGUGUUUGGACGCACGGUUGACGGGCUACUGCAGCAGAUCAUCGACAACACGAUGCGCGAUGUUGUUGGGCCGGCACUGGAGACGGUCGUGGCCAACCCACGACGCAUUAUUGAGCUGCUGCGCGAGGAUAUCUGGCUCGGGAUUGAGAAGCUCCACGAGCGGGCCGGCCGCAUCGAUGCACCGAAGCUGAUCGCGUGCGACUUUGUGCUAAAGGCGACACAGCACUUGCAGAAAAUUCGCCAGUACGGUGGCGGCAAAGAGGAGGAGCACGGGCGGGACGGAGACGGUGGCGUCCUGACCGCCUCCUACCUGGCCACGACCGAGAAGGAGCUCGAGUUCCUGAAGAAGAUCUGCGAGAUACUGAUCAUUUUCCUGCUGCCGCGCGGCUACUCCCUGUCGCCGGUGAAGGAUCUGCUGAGCGAGGUGGUGUCGUACCGGGUGCUGCAUCCGGCGAUUCGCUACCUGACGUCGCCGGACUUCAUCAACCAGCAGAUCGUCGAGUGCAUUGAGACGAAGCUGGUGGCCGUCGCGAUACAGAAGCGCAGCCACGAGUACGCGGCCAACUUCGAGGACUUCCUGCGCAUCAUCGACAUGACGCAGACGGCCGACGAGCUGCACUCGAUACGGGCGAGCAUUGUGAGCGAUAUCCUGCAGGCGACGACGAUGCAAAACAUGCAGCGGAUGCGUGGUGCCCUCGGCGAUGGUGGUGACGAUGCGAGUGACCAGCAGCAUCAUCCGCAGCACCAUGCAGCCGGCGGUGAGCUUACGGCCGCACUGAAGCUGAAAAAGUACAUCCAGCAGCUGUCGUUUGCCAAGAGCCAGUGCGAGAAGUGUCUGACGAAGCUCGGCUGGGAGGGUAGCGUCAGCAACGACGUCGACCUGUCGAUCCUGGACAUCCUGUCGACCGUGGCGGGCCGCCGCCAGCUGACGGCGUUCCUCGAGCCGAUGAAUGCCGGUGCGCUGGUCGGUUACUACACGACCGUCGAGGAGCUGAAGCGUGCACCGCGCUCCGCUUGGCACCAGCUGGGGGCCGAAAUUUUCUACACCUACAUUCGGGCUCCGAACUCGGAGAUUCCGCUGGACAAGGCGACCCGUAAGCGCAUGGAAGCGUUCAUGGUGGGCGAUGCCGGGGGGCUGGACGUGUUUUACGAGGUGCAGCGCGAUUGUUUGGCACUGCUGGAGGAUAAGUACUACCAGCCGUUCCUGCUGAGCGACGAGUACGCCCGUCUAAAGAGUUCGCUGACGCAGGCGGAGUUCAAAGAAAUGAUCAUCACGUUCGGUGGUGAGGGUGGUGCGGCGACUGGCAGUCAGGACAGCCAGGACAGCCAGGAGAGCGCCUCGAGCAGCUCGUCGACUGUCCCACCACCCUCCGCUACGGUUCCGGCUCCGUCACCGAACGGAAGCGGCGAGUACAGCUACAGCGCCACCGAUCCCGCCCUGGCCGACCUCAGCAAUCACUCGCAGUACGCACGCAACAAGCUCGAUCAGCUGGAUGAGAAGCUCGCGAACAAGCAGCAAGCGCUCGAGGCACUGAAGCAAUCGCUCAAACCCGACUCCAAGCUGCUGCUGAUGCUCGAGCGAGAGAUCGAGUGGCUGCGGGGCGAACGCCGCCAGCUGGAGUCGCACCUGUUGCGCACGGAGGUGUGGAGCGAGUACUUGGGCCGAUGGCGCGCGAUCGUCGAGAGUGUCGACUUUUCGGACGACCGCGAACCGCCCCAGUUCAUGAUCGUCGUGCAGGUGGACGAAAUGAACGACUACGGUGGUGGGGGCAGCGGCGUCGGCAGCGGCAGUGGCGGCGGCGGGGAUGCGGUAUCGGGGCUCGACGAUACGCUCGGCGUGGCGACGGCGCUCGAGGAGACCGAUAGCAUCUCGACCGGGUGGGUCGUGGUGCGAUCGCUCUCCCAGUUCCACACGCUUCAUCGAAGCCUGCGGCCAUUGUGCGCCGAGCUGCGCCAGCUCGAUCUACCCUCAAACAACGCGUUCAAGCUGUUCCUGCUCAAGAAUGACCGGGCGCUGCUCGAGAAGGCCAAAGCGCAGGUGCAGCGCUACCUCAGCUUCAUCCUCGAGGACGAUCAUCUCAACCAGAGCGAACCGGUGUACGAGUUCCUCAGUCCCAGCUCGGACCGCAUGAAGCAGGGUGGUGGUGGUGGAACGCUAGCCGGUGGCACCGGCGGUGGUAAUCCGUCACCAUCGAAGAAGAGCUCCAAGUUUUCGCUCGCCACCAUCUUCCGCGGCAACAGCGACAAGCUGGAGCAGUUCUGGUCGGGCGGGUCGCCAAUGCGGUCGCCGAUGCACGGCGAAUUCACGCCGGACGAUGCCGACCAGGUGUCGCUGUACCUCGGUGGUGGCGGAAGUCAGUUCGCCGGCACCUCCAGCAGCAGCUCCUUUUUGCCUUCUACGACACCCGGGGGCGGCACCGUGGACAUCACCGCCGUGGAGCCCCGGGACUCGAUCGCCGAACCACUCUACACGCUGCUGGGCGAAAUCUUCGACCUCGGCGGAGUGUUCCGCUGGCUGCGCAAGAGUCUCAUCUCGUUCGUGCAGAUCACCUACGGGCAGACGAUCAACCGGCAGCUGCGCGAGUCGAUCGCGGCCCUGUUCGAGGAGCCGAUGCUGCACACGUACGCCAGCUCCGUACUGCGCACCUUCUGGCCCGGUGGCGGUACGCUGCAGGUCAGUGGCGCCACCGUCCGGUUGCCGUCGGCCACCGAGCGCACCGACGACGAGCGCGAGAUGACGAUGGACGCGGCCCGUACGCUGCUGCAGGACAACAUACCGGAUCUGCUGUGCAGCCUGAUCGGGGCGCAGAACGCACGCCAGGGUGCCAUGAAGCUGUUCGAGGCGUUCCAGAAUCCCCUCUACAACAAGCAGCUGUUCUACGACCUGCUCGAGUCGCUCAUGCUCGAGCUGUUUCCCGAGAUACGGCAGCUGAAACCCCCGGCCACCGCAACCCAGCCGCGCGAGUACCACCAUCAACCGACACCGCACUCGUUUUCGCCUUCCUCACCACCGACCCCCUCGACGCCGGCUACUGGCUUUGGUGGAUCUCCAGCGUUUGCCACGGGAACACCGACGAGAGGCAUAUCAUAAUCGGGAACCGCGCGAGGGUACCUCCAAUCAUCCCGCCGAAAUGGCUUCUUACUUACAACGCUAGUCCUAUGUUACUCCAUAAUGGUCGCAACCAGAUGCUUUUUAUGUGGUGGUAUUACUUUUAAUCGUUAGCAGAAUAUUGCUAUCUUUGCUAUUUACUUUUCGAUAACUUUUAUUACGAUUAUUACAGCUAAUUAUCUACCUUUGGUGAUGGUGAUGGGCUUGCCAAAAACGAAGACGAUUGAAUUUCCACCGGAGAAUAAUGAAUUUGAUACGGAUUUAGAUACACGAGGCUACAAAAGUAACGUUCAACACAAGAUGUGAUGUGAGAUGUGAGGUAUUUUAUUUUAGUUUAUUUUGUUAGUUGCAUUCGUUUUUAUUAUUCGAUUUAGUUGAUACAUUUUAAUGCGAAACAAAUCACGUUUCGUAACGUAAAUUCGCAUUUUGAAUUCUUAGCUAGCAAUCAAGGCAUAGUCCUUUAUGCCACCAACCAUUAACUGAACGGCGUAUAGUGGGCCUAGAAUUCACUAGCCGUAACAUUCUAGCAGCAUGGACUGUCUCAAUAAAUUUGCAGUAUUGUACAGAAAAAGCAACACACGAGCAGAUUAGCAAGUGGUUAUUAGGUGUCUGUUUAAAAGUGCGUGGUGCUGUGCGCUUCGGUAACUGUGGCUAUAGUAGUUUUAGACCCUGUCGGCUGGCGACAUUCCUACCGUGCACAAAAAAUAGUAUUGUGGAGCACAGCAAUUACCGGUAUAAGUUAAUCUAGUUCUUUUCGGCUCUCUUAAAAACAAAACUAUUGAAUUUCAUUCGCUACUUUUAAUUUCGUAUUUUAAUCUUAUUAUUAAUCUUUCUUGUUUUAAGAUUUAAAGGUGUUAAUAACCGACUUUUUGUGAUCGGCGAAUGGCGUGUUCGCACCGUAGCGCCCGUAUUUGUGCGUGAGUUCUAUCUUCUAUGAUUAAUUUUCUAUUUCACGCUGGACUGCCUACGAAACUACUGUAUUUAUCUGGAAUUUAAUGGUUGAAUGGGUGAAUUAAUGUGCAAAGAAUAUCAAGGAAUAAUACCAAAUAAAGGAU